GGUGUUCCUUGUUUCCUCACACCACAUUCAAAUAUUACUUUCAGGCCUGUCAGAUUUGAUAUUCCCGUUCGGCGGGGUUUUGAUUAGAAUGGAGGUGUCGAAAUCUGAUGUUGAUAAGCCCUUUAAACUAAACGGUCUUUUUCUUGCCCCAGAUGCUUCUCAGUAUAUACUAUCAAUUGUCCAACGUGUUGAGCCUGGAAAACGACAAAAGGUUCUUCGUAAGCUGGUAGAAACAAUCCUUAGGCAAAAAAUUGAUAACAACAGAAUUACAAAGGCACUGUGUGAAGCAGCUAUCAAAGAGUGUCGAGCAGAGCAUUCUACAGAUAAUAUUGUCCUAUACGUCAUUGAUGCUUUUUCGGUUCCGUACUUUCGUUUCUCCAAACCCCUGAAGAAGUUUGUCCCAUUUGUGCCUGCUGAUUCAUCAGAGAAUCGUUUAAUAUUUCCAGUGUCACCAGAUGCAAAGGCUUUUUUGUACGCUCAUCGCUACGAGGUUAUAUAUCAGAGAAUUUCGCGGCAUCAAUUAUUCUCUCAGACAGCUGCUUUGGAUGGGCCUCAUAGUACAAAUUAUCGUCUUAGACCGAUUGAAUAUUUACUUGCUUCUGGAUCAAGAAUAGAUUCAGCUGUUGUAUUAGGACUAAUCAGUCAACUUCGUGAAGGUAAAUGGUAUGCUGAAGAUCCAUCAGGGAUAGUACAAUUGAAUUUACAACAAGCUAUUUUUCAUGAGGGACUACUCCCUGAGGGAUCCAUUGCACUGAUUGAAGGCUUUUAUGAUGAUAAAAUAUUAUACGUCACUGGUAUUGGUCUUCCACCUUGUGAAUCAUCGGAAAUUUCACGUCGUGCUUUUUCUGUCAGUAAUCCAUUCGGUGGUUGUGAUACUAAUGAUUCUCCUGCAGCACCCUUAGAUACAAAGAUGCAUAAACUCUUGACAACUACUCAGGCUGGUUCAGAUGCUAUGCUUGUAAUUUUGGGAGAAACUCAUCUGGACAAACCAGAUACUUUAGACCAGUUGACUACUCUUUUCAGUGGUUAUUCAUCGUGCGCUCCAGUUGCGUUUAUAUUAAGUGGUAAUUUUCUAAGUGCUGAUUCCAUCGGAAAGACGUGCACCGAACGUAGGUUAAUUCUACGAAGAUUAUUACGACAGUUAAUCACAAUUUUCAAGAAUAACUUUCCAGAUUCAGAGUCUCAACACACCUCUCAAUCCAACCAGUCACCAAAAUUGAUACUGAUUCCUGGUCCUGAAGAUCCUGUUUAUGCUCCGAAGCAUAUUUUACCACGACCUAGUUUAGGCAUUGAUUUAAUUUCUGAUAAUAAAGAUCGUUCUUCAUCCAGUUGUCCACCGUGGCUACAUUUAGCAUCAAAUCCAUGUCGACUGCGUUUGUACACUCGUGAAAUUGUUAUUUUCCGUGUUAACUAUAGUCGUCUAUUAGUUAGACACUGUAUUCAUCUACCUACAUUAAACAAUUUGGAUUCGUAUGUUGAAACAAGUGAAAAGAUUGAAAGUUCUAUUUCAAGAGAAAAUUCUGAGACGGCGGUUGAUAUGGAUAGUGAGGCAGUUGCUACCACUAGUAGUAGUGCUUCAUCAAUAAAACAAGAUACUACUUCAAAGAAGCAUAAAACAACAACGGAAUAUUUAGGUCAAUGCCUUGCACGUUGUUUAGCUAGUCAAGCACAUCUCUUACCACUUUUAGGUCAUAUAGCACCUGUCUAUUGGUAUUAUGACCAAGCUUUAAGUUUAAAUCCAUUACCUAAUUUAGUUGUCGCUAUUGAACCGGAACCAUUGGCCAAUUUAAAUGCUUCACAACCAGGAUUAGUGACCACUGGUAAUUGUCGUUUUAUUAAUCCAGGUCGAUUUGGUCAUAUGGAAUAUUCCAAUGAAUUGUCAGACCUCCAGAAGAAGUAUACUUUCAAAGUUUAUUAUCCAAGAACUGAAAUUGUUGAGGAUAGUUGUUUACCUUAAAUAUUAAUGUAUAUCUUUUUUCUCGAAAAUGUAUAUUUUAUAACAGAAAAUUAAUUAUUAAUAGAAAGUCCUUUUAUUUCCA